AUGGCAUCUCUGCUGGACAGCAUAGCCAGACCUUCUGCUGUCGUUCUGCAGCUGUCUGUGGUGCUUGGUGUAGUCUUUGUGCUGCUGAAGGUGGUCCAAUUCUACCAGAAGAGGAAGAAACUCAUCAAAGCUCUGGAAGCAUUCCCUGGUCCCCCAAAACACUGGCUCUAUGGCCACAAUCACCUGAUAACUACUGAAAACAUAUUAAACCAGCUAUUGUUAUGGGGAGAUAAAUAUCCCUAUGCCUUUCCAAGGUGGUUUGGACCAGUCCUGCCUGCUCUAAUAGUCCACCAUCCUGACUAUGCCAAAGUCAUAGUUAGCCAAACGGAACACAAGCCCAGUGUACCCUACAAAUUCUUAACUCCCUGGAUUGGGGAGGGACUGUUGAUUUUGGAGGGAGCCAAAUGGUUCCAGCAUCGGAAGCUGCUCACCCCAGCUUUUCAUUAUGAUGUGCUGAAAACUUACGUGACCCUGAUGUCAGACUCAGUCAAAGUGAUGCUGGAUAAAUGGGAAAAGAAGAACACAGACAGGAAGUCAGUGGAGCUCUUUCGAGACGUCAGCUUGAUGACACUAGACAGCAUCUUGAAGUGUGCCUUCAGCUAUAAUGCCAACUGCCAGACUGAAAGCAACUCAGACUAUUAUAUCAGAGCUGUUUAUGACCUGAGCUACCUCCUGAGCAACAGAAUCCAGAAUUUUUCUUACAAGGAUGUCUUCUAUAACUUGACUCGCAAAGGCCGGGAGUUUCAGGAUGCCUGCAAACGGGCCCAUACCCACACAGAUAAGGUAAUAAAAGAAAGAAAGAUGUUGUUCUCCAGUGAGAAGGAAUAUGACAAGAUCCAGAAGAAGAAACACCUGGAUUUUCUGGACAUUCUUCUUUGUACCAAGGAUGCAAAUGGAGUUGGGCUAUCUGAUGAAGACCUGCGGGCUGAGGUGGACACAUUCAUGUUUGAGGGUCAUGAUACCACAGCCAGUGGGAUCUCCUGGCUCUUGUACUGCAUGUCAUUAUAUCCAGAGUACCAGCAACGGUGCAGGGAGGAGAUCCGGGGAAUCUUGGGAGACCGGGAUACUGUUGAAUGGGAGGACCUCGGGAAGAUGACUUACGCCACGAUGUGCAUCAAAGAGAGCUUGCGCCUAUUCCCAGCGGUUCCUUCUGUGUCCCGACUCCUACAUAAACCUGUCACGUUUCCUGAUGGACGCAGCUUGCCAGCAGGCUGCCAGGUUGCACUGAACAUAUUCGCUAUUCACAGGAACCGGGAUGUGUGGGAGGACCCCGAGGUCUAUGAUCCCCUGAGGUUUUCUCCAGAGAACUCAGCACAGAGGCAUUCCCACGCUUUCCUGCCUUUCUCUGCUGGAUCCAGGAACUGCAUUGGGCAGCAGUUUGCCAUGAACGAGAUGAAGGUGGCACUGGCCCUGACCCUGCUCCGCUUUGAGCUCUGCCCUGACCCAUCCAACCCUCCCACACUGACACCACAGAUCAUCCUCAGGUCCAGCAGCGGGGUCCACGUGCAUCUGAAGAAGAUCCACUGAUCCCCUGAGGCACCACAGCAUGGGUCAAGACCUAUCCCAAGGAC